AUGGUCAACUUCCGAACAACCGUCCUGGCCUUUGCCGCCGCCGUCACCGUCUCAGCCGACUACGUGAUCGACCCAAAUACCAUCCCUCUCUCUGCCAGAAAGGCCUGGUGCAACGACCAAAGGAGCACUUGCCCAACCAUUUGCCGUCAAACCAGUGUUGGCCAGCCCCUCGUCAACGACUGCGAUCCUGAAACCCUGAAUUACGGCUGCCUCUGCAGCGACAACAAGCAACCAAACAUGUCCGAGUACACCCUCACCCUCCCCUACCACGUGUGCACAGCUUGGGGCACUCAGUGCGUGAAGGACUGCGGCACCAACAACCUGUGCUCUGCUGCUUGCCGUGAGGAACAUCCUUGCGGUGCCCAGAACCCCAGCCGUGUCAACGAGACCAAGACGGCGACCACCUCGGCGGCUGAGGAGACGGCGACCCCAACUGAUGGAAUUGCGGACGGCUUCGGCGAUGGUACCCAGAACAACAACGGCAGACCAGGAAGCGGCGCUGGUGCUCUCGCGCUCGGCAAUGCCUAUGGUCUCGCUGUUGUUGCCACUGGUCUGUUUGCUGGCUUCACUUUGCUUCUUUAG